AUGGCUGCUGACCCUGCAUCUCCUGCGAUGCGUCACAUGAUGUUCCGGACGAGAAAGGGCGGCGGAGCUGGCAUUCCGCGGAUCUGCUCGUGCUCGCCCUUCGAAUCCCCCGAUACCCCCUGUGACGCCUUGUCCGUGGUGCGCUACCAGCCAGAGAACCCCGAUCCCCAAAGGAGAUCCAAGUUCUUCCUUCUACCGCGGGAGUUGAGGGUACAGAUCGAAACAGAGUACCUUGCCGAGUACCUCCGCGAGGCUGCUGCUCGCUGGCAACGCCUCGGCGGGCCUAACUGGAAUGGCUAUGCCAGAGGACCGGCUUGUGUCGCGCCGUCCCCUCUGUCGCUUUCUUGCAGGCGCAUGUACGACGGAGACAUGGUUCCUCGAGGAAGCAUGGGAUUGUUCUGGACAGCGGGCCCAGGACAGCCUCACGGGCCCUGCCGGAUCGCGCUCGUCGUAGAGGGGAGGCUCUGCUGGAGACGUCUCGAGCGCCUGCGAUUUGUCAACGAAGCGGACAGGUUCCACACGGAGACGUGGAAGAACGACUUCUUCUUCACCCUGGGAAAGGCCUGGAACUUGAAAGAGCUGGAACUCGUCUGGGGACCGAAGGUGACCAUUCUCCCUGACCCGAGGAACGAUGAACACAUCAUGCGACAGCUCCAAAAGCACACUUCACUUCGUAUCGUGCGCUUCCGGGGGAAUGUUCCGAGAGUAUGGCUGCUUAAGGAAUCGAGUGCUGGCUCUCGUAUCAAGUAUGUCAUUCAGCCUCUGUGGUGGGUGAAGAGGGACUGGGAAGACGAAGAGCAGGAGGAUCUCCAGAGGGCUGCAGACGAAGAGGUCCACUCCAAACGUGUCGAGCGGAAGGAUUCAAAAGCAAAGUCUUGGAGGCGAUACCUCAAACUCUUUUGA